AUGGGUACUCUCUCUAUCGUGCUGCAGAGUUUUGCUGUUCUUCAUCUCAUCAUCGCUAUAAAAAGGGGCCCUCCUAUUGAUAUCGAGAAAGAGGAGGGAGGAGAUAUAGCACAACUUCGAGAUCUUUACGGUGAGGAUGAAAUGCGUAACGCACUCCCACCGAAUUCCACACUUAAGUGGAACACAACGCGAGAUGAGAUGGGAAAAUACCUGGUUCCUUACACAAUAGAAGGCUCCUAUACUUCCGACGAGAGGAAAAUGAUUAGCGAUGCGAUGAGAAUGAUUGAAAAGAAUACGUGCGUACGAUUCAAAAGAAGGCGCGGUGAAGAAGAUUAUCUCGAAAUUCGAAGUGAAGAGGACGGAUGUUAUACUCGCGUUGGGCGGUAUAAAGGGAAAAAUAUUUUAAAUUUACAGGCAAGCGGAGCAGGAACUUGUAUGGUGAUGAGAACAGUUACUCAUGAAUUACUGCACACCCUCGGUUUAUGGCAUGAACACAUGCGUGAGGAUAGAGAUAAAUACGUCAAAGUACAUGUAGAAAACAUUGAAGAAGGUUCCCACAGCCAGUUUAGAAAGAUUGUAAAACCUUUCGCUGACAUCUACGGAGUGCCGUAUGACUACAUGUCCGUUAUGCACUAUGGGAAGCGCGCAUUUGCAAAACCAGGAACAAUUACUCUGGAAACAUUAGAUCCCGAUUAUCAGGAUCUCAUUGGAAAAGCAAAGCGUCCUUCGAAAAACGACUACAAGAAGAUCUGCCGCAUAUACAAGUGCAAAUACUGCAAUGGGAAAAAGAUGAAGCACUGA